AUGUUCAGAUGUUCAGUACCUGCUCAAAUCCUCUUGGACCUGCUGCCUGAGGGAGGAGCCAAGUCCCUGCUGCCUGAGGGAGGAGCCAAGUCCCUGCUGCCUGAGGGAGGAGCUAAGUCCCUGCUGCCUGAGGGAGGAGCCAAGUCCCUGCUGCCUGAGGGAGGAGCCAAGUCCCUGCUGCCUGAGGGAGGAGCUAAGUCCCUGCUGCCUGAGGGAGGAGCUAAGUCCCUGCUGCCUGAGGGAGGAGCUAACAGGGACAGGGAAGAUACAGGAUACCUCAUCAGUAUGUCUCCCCCUCAUCAGCAUGUCUUAUCAGUAUGUCUCCCCCUCAUCAGCAUGUCUCAUCAGUAUGUCUCCCCCUCAUCAGUAUGUCUCAUCAGUAUUUCUCCCCCUCAUCAGCAUGUCUCAACAGUAUGUCUCCCCCUCAUCAGCAUGUCUCAUCAGUAUGUCUCCCCCUCAUCAGUAUGUCUCAUCAGUAUUUCUCCCCCUCAUCAGCAUGUCUCAUCAGUAUGUCUCCCCCUCAUCAGCAUGUCUCAUCAGUAUGUCUCCCCCUCAUCAGUAUGUCUCAUCAGUAUUUCUCCCCCUCAUCAGCAUGUCUCAUCAGUAUGUCUCCCCCUCAUCAGCAUGUCUCAUCAGUAUGUCUCCCCCUCAUCAGUAUGUCUCAUCAGUAUGUCUCUCAUGACCGUGAGACGCUGCGUCUUAUUCCGCGCGCACGUGAGGUCCUCGUUCACUGUCGUUAUUCCAAUGGACCGACCGUGUUGCCAUGACAACCUGGACCGAGGAGCUUAA